AUGGCUUGUGUUCAAGGCACGUUUGGUUACCGUUCCGGAACGAAUGAGGGAUCCGCGGCGAGCGAGCAGAUCUGCUGUUUUGCCGGAGAGGCGGCUGUUGUGCUCAGCGCGCUGCAGCAGGCGCUGCGCGAUCGGCUGCUGAGACAGGCUGAAACGAUAACGGACUCGGGGCCGCAGGCUGCAGGCGUCGGUGCUAGUGCGGUGCCGGAAGGGCUCGGGCACGACGUUGCUGGUCGAGUAGCUGCGCAGCUUGACCUUGGUGAUCUCGAUCCUGAGCAGCGGCGUUUGUUUUUGGAACGUUUGGUGGAGCACCAGCGGCGGUUUGUGCAGUAUGCGCAAAGAGAGUUAAGCGAGAAAGUUGCGAAGAUUCAGUCAGUCUAUCCUUACCUAUGCCACGAGGAGUGUGUUGCUGCGAUGAACCUGAUAUCUGAAGAGCGCAGGGAGCUUGACGACAACAUUGCCGUGCUCGGCGUGGAGGAUGAGGCCGUGACUCGUCUUGCGGAUCGCGGUUUCGAGUUGGUGGUGCGACAGGAGGUCGCUUUCCGGUAUAUGAAGGAGGUCUCCGCUGCGGCAGCGAGUGGAGGUGCCCUAGCACCAGGACCACCUCUCGAUGCGAGAGCCGGCGGGAGCGGUAUGAGGCGCAAGCCGUCCAACCGGGGAACAUCGAGGAAGUCGAACAGCGAGCUCAUGCUCGAAGGGGUUCGCAUCGGGCGCAGGCAAGAUGGUCGCUUAUGCCUGGACGAGGCUCUGCGAAGGAUGCAGCAAACGGGGAGCUUUGAUGGCUGGAGUGAGGCUCGGAUCAAAGCUUGGCUCAACAAGGAUGCGAAUCCGAAUGCGUAUUAUUACCGAUUUAACGACCCUGGAGAAGAGCAGCGAAACGGCAAGUGGACCAAGCAGGAACACGAGCGCUUCAUGCAGCGACUGAAAGAAUGCCACAUCGGAGAGAACUACGAGUGGGGAAUCUUCUCGAUGGCACUGCCUGGGCGGGUCGGGUACCAGUGCAGCAACUAUUACCGCACUCUCCUCAAGAGGGGCAUUGUGAAAGAUGAUAACUACUACUUCAACGAGAAGGGUGAACCCAAGUUUCGUUUCAAAACCAAGAGCGGUGUCCAGUUGACGUCAGACGAAAACGGAACUAGCUGUGCCGUUUCCAAUGCUGCCAGAGUCGCUACGAAACGCAGCGGCCAGCGCCGCCUGGCGAAGCGAAAACAAUCUCUCUGGGACUCGGACGAUUCGGACUCUGCCGCCGAUGACGACGAGACUGAAUACGUUCCGAACCAUGCCGUGUCUGCGCAGUCUGUUCGCCGCUCGGCGCGGUCGCGAAGGAUAGUCAACUACGCCGAUGUGGAGGACGGGGCGCCUGCAAAUGCUGGCGAAAUGGAGAUGCAUCCGGAUGGUACCGCUGCUGUUGGGUCCGGCACGAACCCUAAGCGAUCGCGACGGGAUACGGAAUCAGGUGCUCCGAACAAUGAGUUACGGAUGAUAUCCCAAGUUACCGCAUCUGCCUCAGAUUCUGGCGAAUCAUCUUUGCGCUCGAGUUUGAAAGACAGUUCGACGCCGUCCGAGUAUUCAGACAAGGCCGGAGCUCUGUGCGAACUCAAUGGGAACGAAUUCCGUUCGAGAUCUCAUGCACGAGAUUCGGACAACCCGCUUCCCGACUUUAUCGAUGUCAUUACAAUGGAGCCCGUACGUCGACCAGCGAUAUCCCCAUCGGGGCACGUAUUAGGCUAUUUAACCUGGAGGCGACUUCUUCAGCAACACCCCCGAAACACAUGUCCAUUCACGAAGAAGCCACUUCGACUUGCUGACUUGACGCUGCUCACGCAUGAAAACAUCCACGAGUACACACACCGCAUUGUUGGUCGAUGA